AGUGAUAGGUGAAGCUAUUCAUUAUUAAAAUUAUAUCCGCUGUGGUCUGUGAGCUCGUCGUUUUUCGUUAUUGUCGCCGCGUCCACCACCGCCGUACAGGUCUCAUGGGUUCUGCGGACUUCAAGAGUCUUGAAGAUGAAUUAAUCGACAAUGUGGAGAAAGACGUACGUUAUUGGCAACAAAACGACGCCAAGCUAAGAGCCGUCAAGAACGUGUCCACAUACCAAGAAUUCAGCGAUAUCGUCAAGGCAGCUCAUCUCCGUCCGUUGACCAAGAAAGAGAUUGAGUGCAAAAGCAACCCGUCAGUGGUGUGGAACAACGUAGCCACUUGCAACAUGCAAGACAAUAGUAAACAGAGUUCCGAUUCCAUUUCUGAUGUUGAUAUCAUCAAGGAUAACAUACCCAGUGCUUGUUCUCCUAAAGUGCAAGAAUUUAUUGUGAGUUUUCGCCGCCUAAAUGCGGCCAAACACAGAUACAAGUAUUUGAGCCUACACGGUGCUGAACAUGUAGCCAGUACAUUCCACAACGAGGAAAUACCUCCGUCUGUUCUAGUUGAGUUGCUUGAAACACUUCUCAUAUUCCCAUCAAACAGUGUUCCCGACAUAGUCGCAGUUACCAGACUUCUAGAUGUAAUCACUGGAACUAAAAGAUUUGAAUUGGCUAUUGAAUUUUUGAGUUCCACUGAAUUGGACACAUUGUGUAACCUGUUUGACAAGCUAGAAGAGAGUCUCAAGUCUGGUCAACAAGAUUUGGCUGAACAAGGGGUGACUGAAUGGAGUUUGAGUACUUUAAGAAGGAAAUAUAAAGUUUGAACAGA